AUGUUUUCAAAGUAUCAGAAAAAAAUCAACAGUGGAGACUUUGAGAUUAUUCUGACGAAACAAUCAGAAUUUUGUCAAAACUUUGCUUGUGAAUUGCAAACAUGUCUCGACAAGCAUUUGUAUAAUCCAGAUAAAUGUGAAAAGGUUUUGGAUAAAUUGAAGCAAUGUUGUUUGGAACAUGGCGCUCAAAGUCCAGUUGUUUGUUCCGGUUUUCCUACUUCGAAACCAUCAGCAUCGAAAUAA